AUCGCGGCUUAGGCUCUGCCGGCCGGCGGGGGCGCGGGCGCGGGCGGCGCCGCCAUGAACGCCGCGGUGGUGAAGCGGACGCAGGAGGCCCUGGGGAAGGUGAUCCGGAGGCCGCCGCUGACGGAGAAGCUGCUGAGCAAGCCCCCGUUCCGCUACCUGCACGACAUCAUCACGGAGGUGAUUAGGAUGACCGGUUUCAUGAAGGGUCUCUACACAGACGCCGAGCUGAAGUCCGAUAACGUUAAGGAUAAAGAUGCAAAAAUUAGCUUCCUUCAGAAGGCCAUAGACGUGGUGGUGAUGGUUUCAGGAGAGCCACUGUCCGCAAAACCAGCGCGGAUUGUGGCCGGGCACGAGCCUGAAAGAACAAACGAGCUGCUCCAGAGAAUUGGAAAAUGCUGUCUCAGCAAGCUCUCCAGCGACGAGGCGGUGAAGAGAGUGUUGGCUGGAGAGAAGGGGGACCUGAAGGGAAGGACCUCACUGACGUCAAAAGCUCAGGAAUUGGACAAUAAGAAUGCACGAGAAGAAGAGCCCAGAGUUCAUAAAGAUAAAGAGGAUAAAAGGAACUCUGAAAUAAACGAGAGAAGUACAAGCAGAGAUCAAAAACAGAAAGAAGAAGUGAGGGAAGAAAGCAAAGCAAGAGAGAAGGACAAGGAGAAGGAGAAGACGAAGGAGACCGACCGUGACAGACAUAAAGAUCCUGAGCGAGACAAGCACCGAGAGGGGGAGAGAGAACGAGUCAGAAACCGGGCCAAGCAGGACAGAGACCGAGGCAACAGGGACCGUGACAAAGACCUGGACCGCGCAAGAGAGAAAAGGAACGAGGGAGGAAAGGAGAAAGAGAGGUGGAAAGACCGGGAGAGGGAGCGCGAGCAGGACAAGGCCCGGGACAGGGACAGGCGGAGGGUGAAGGACGGGGAGCACUCCAGAGACCCCGACAGGGAGAAGACCAGAGAGCACGACAAACCUGACAAAAAGUCCUCAAGCUCAGGGGAGGUGUCUAAAAAGCUGCCAGAUGGAUCUUUGAAAGAUUCCAAAGCUGAAACAGAGACUGAGAUUUCCACUAGAGCAUCCAGGUCGGUGACAACAAAAGCAUCAAAACGGCGAUCCGAAAAUUCCAUGGAAGGAAGAAAGGAAGAUACUAUUUCAGCUAAAAUGUUAGAUCCCCUAGUGUCUGGAUUAAAUCAUGAAGCAGAUCAGGAAACUGCCACUUCAGAAAUCGGAACAAAAGAAGCUAAUACUAACUCAGCUAGUGUUUCAGAUGAUAAUUCAGCUAGUCUGUGGCGUGAGAACGUCGAGGCAGAACCAGCAGUGAAGCAGAAAGGCGGCUCCCCGAGUGAUGCAGAAGGAGAAGUGGGACCUUCUGGCCCAGAGAAGCCCGAGGUGUCUGAGAGUUCUGAGCUGCCUAGUGAGCUCCCGGCCAACAUCAGAAGAAUACCUCGGCCUGGGAGUGCGAGACCAGCACCUCCCCGGGUGAAGCACCAAGACAGUGUGGAGGCACUGACGCCAGACAGGACAGGGAGUGGUAAACUCGUUGCCAGUGUGAUUGUAGAUGCGCAGAACUCUGACAAUGAGGAAGACGGUCAGUUUGUGGUGGAGGCUGCCCCCCAGCUUCCUGAGAUGUCAGAACUGGAAAUGGUCCCUGUAGUAGACGUGGAGGCCGAGGAGAAGCACGGAGGACUUGUGAAAAAAAUUCUGGAGACCAAGAAAGAUUAUGAGAAGUUGCAGCGGGCGCCCAGAUCUGGAGAGAAGGAGAAAUCGCUUGUCUUUGAGUCAGCGUGGAAGAAGGAGAAGGACAUCGUUUCCAAGGAGAUCGAGAAGUUACGUGUGUCCAUCCAGACCCUGUGCAAGAGCGCGCUCCCCCUGGGGAAGAUCAUGGACUACAUCCAGGAGGACGUGGACGCCAUGCAGAACGAGCUGCAGCUGUGGCACAGCGAGAACAAGCAGCACAGGGAGGCCCUGCAGCAGGAGCAGAGCAUCACGGAUUGUGCGGUGGAGCCCUUGAAGGCCGAGCUGGCCGAGCUGGAGCAGCUGAUCAAGGACCAGCAGGACAAGAUCUGUGCUGUCAAGGCCAACAUCCUGAAGAACGAAGAGAAGAUUCAGAAAAUGGUGUACAGUAUCAACCUGAGUUCGAGAAGGUGAAAGCUCACACGUUUCCAAAGCUGGAAGUCCUCCUCAGUCUGAAAAUAAAAAGGAAGAUAGAACGUCACUAUUCUCUAAGUUCAGUUUCCUAAGAAAAUGAAGUUCUCCGUGUCCUCUGUCCGAAGUGCAGAGCUUUGAAAGUGCAGGCACGUCUGUGUGUAGAGGGGCCGGGUUCUCUCCCCUUCCUCCAGCGGGAGCAUUGCCUGCCGUGCAGCGUGUUCUCUGCGUCUUGAGGCGGCCUGUCCUGCUCAGGUCUGUGCCAGAAUUCGCUAGCAGGCACGUGCAGGUGGCACGCAAGGGAUGCGACACCCUCGGUUUCAGGUUUUAGGUCUGGUGACGGG